CGCCGCCCACGCAGCCGCGUGCUCUGGCCGCGCGGACUCGGCGGCUGCGCUGCGCCCACAGAGCCAGCUGCCGGCGCUGGGACGACCUCUCGGAGGAUGCUGCAGCGCGGGGCGCGUCGCCCCCCUCAGUCCACCAGAGCCCGGAUACCUCAAAAAUUCGGCUCUGGGUCUGUGGGGAGCGAAAUGCAACCCAAACUCCAUUUUGCCGAACCCCGCGCAAAUAAACACACACAAGCAUUCACACAGACGUCGCCGCGACCCGCGCCCGCCGCGGCGGAUCCCGGCCGCGUGCGGCCAGGGAAGAGCUCGGGACUCGGGAGGGGUCGCUGCUCGGGACCAGCCGAUAAACGGUGCGACGUAAGUGCCCGGCGUUACCGGCCCGGCUUAAAGGCGCAACUGCCGGCCCGAGGCCUGCAACGCCGGGGCGGGGCCAGGCCGCGCGGAACCGGCCGCGGGAGAGCGGGCAGGCGGGGGAGAUCGGAAAGGAAAAUAGCCGGGGAGGAAGAGCGCGGGCGUGAUUUGUCCUCCUCGGCCAGGUACGGCGGCGCCCAGGGUGGGCGGGAGACCGGGCUGCGGCUGAGCUCAGACUCACCAGCCCGCGCCCGGCGCCCCCGCAACAUCCCUUCUCUUGCAAGACUAAGCCGAGUUUAUUAAAAGGCGGUCGCCGAAUGAGGACGGGCGCCAGCGGCCGAUGUUUGGAAGUGCCCUGGCCUCAGUGAUGCAGACCAACAGUAUGGGGGCGGUGGGAAGGGCGCGGGGCCGUCGCCUCUGGCUUAACAGAGCAGAUGCGCGGAGACUCCAACAGGUGGCUCCGUGGCGCAAUGGAUAGCGCAUUGGACUUCUAGAGGCUGAAGACAUUCAAAGGUUCCGGGUUCGAGUCCCGGCGGAGUCGGAGGUUUUUUCCCGACCCCCGGUUUUAUUUUCUACACCUGUCAUUUCUCUCCUUUUCUUAAAGGGUGUACACUCGCAUCGCAUUCUCUGCCCGCUCUCCCUACUGCCUUCGGCUUUCUGCAGCUCUUUUUCUUCUAGUCGCUCGCACCUCUAUAGUCUGUCCCUCCCCCUACUUCCCUGCCACGGUGGCUCUGGGCCAGGGCCCUGCCGACUCCGGAGCCUGAUCCGGGAACUGGGAAAAGCAGCCCGUGCGGCAUCGAGGCACGGUCUCGCGGUUUCGGCCUAAGCAGAGCGCGGGGAUGGCCCCGUCUCGGUUGUUUCGGAGAGCUGGCUCCAGACCUCUUCGCCAGAGCCGCGAUUGUAGCUGCUAGGGAGGGAGGGGCGAGCGAAGGACAAGGAAACGCGCCCACACGGUGAACAGUCCUCCAGCCCAGAAGGCUCCCGAUUGUCACGAACUGGAAUCCCCAGUGGGAUCCUGUCACAAAUACAGAUUUCUGGGCGUCACCCCAGUGGGGCCCAGGAAUCUUGACUUUCGAAUAAGAACGCCUGCUCCUCUCCUCCAUGAUUCCGGUGCAAAAAGACCCAAGGUCUACUCUGCCUGUCAGCUCCUUUAGGCAUGGCUAUCUUACACCUCUUUACCGAUUGAGCUACCGGCGAAGCCCUUCUGACAAUUCAUAUCUUUGCGUGAGAUUAGGGUUCUAUCUCUACGAAUGCGAAUAAAUCAGUGAGUGAAUGAAAUUUUAACAGUGCUGCAACAAACAAUUUAUGCAAAAAAUACAAAAUCCCAAAUUGUCCAAAAAAGUACAGGGAAAAGUAAACAUAUUUGUUCUUCCUGUUUCCCAGCCCUUCAGCUCUAUAAGCCAUCAGUGAAAACGGUUUCUUGGAAAUAUUUUCAGAUUUAUUUUAUGCACAUGUCAGCAUUUCUGCAUCUACCCUCUUUAUGUUUGUUGAUGUUAUUGAUGUAGGUGGUUUCGCAUUGCCAUUGGUGAUAUGCUAUGCUUGCUAACUCACUUAUUAAUGCAAUAGGACUGCCUUGUUCCAUUGCACCGAAGUAUCAUAAUGAUUUAAUAGUCCCCAAUAGUUGGCUAUAUCAGUGUUAUGUAUUUUCCUAGUGUUUCAGUGAACAUCCUUAUUCUUAUAUUAGUGUACACAAAUGCAAAUUUAUUUGUAGGAUAGAUUCCUAGGAAAUUGAAUUGCUGGGUCAAAGGCUUGUUUGUGCAUUCUUUGAUAGAUGUUACCAAAUUGCUUUGGUAGAGAUUGU